CUAUCACAAGGGGUUGUCAUUGACACCGACGCGAAAGGCUUUACUUUUUGGUUGGAGGUGAGAAAGUCAAGUUCACGUGCCAGUGUGAGGAAAGUUUGGGGUUUUCCUUUGAACGUUUUGAAAGAAUAACGUGAAAAAUCAGAUAGUUGUGGAAUUAAUGUCUGGUGGGUUUUAAUUUUAUUUGUCAAUCAACCGAUGUAACGGACUUUUGCCGAGCGGAAACAAAAGUUAGAAACGUAUUUUCUAUGCCGGUGUGCUAGGGAAAUUUUAUAUUUUCCCGGAUAAUCACAGCCCUCUUUCAGAUGCAAGCUGAGACAUCUACUCUACAUCGCGCUAUCUGCGCAAUAGAUGACACAACACCGAUCAAACUGAGGGAACCAGAAAUGCGCAUAAACCACCUCACUAAAGACGAAAAAAUGCGCACCUGGAUGGGUAAACCUCUGCAGGGGCGACAUCCCAAUGAGGUCAGCCAAGACUAUGUCGACAAUACAGCGUCGAACUAUUGGUUGACAUCAGGAAAUAUGUUCCCUGAAAUGGAGGGUUCAUUACUGGCCAUUCAGGAUCAGGUUAUACCAAAAAGAAAUUACUUGAAAUAUAUCGUCAAAGACCCUCAGGUUCAAAACGACCGACAGAUGCCGAUAUGGAUGUCAAGCCCAAGAAACCAUCCAACAUAUUACCGGGGGCUGCCAGGCAUUUGCUGCAACUGAAUACAAGGAACGCUAUGACGAAGUGGGAAAAAUCCUUCAUCAGGAGAUAGCUAUCAAGCUGGGACUUCUCCAAACGGACCAUCUCCCAUAUUAUCAAUACGUCCCUGAGAGUAUACUUGAGGAUGGCAAAUAAUCUACGUAGUUUUACUGAAAAGAUCGCCAAGUACAGAGAUCUGGAAAUUAAAAUACGAAGAUAAUGGAGAAUGCAAAGUACCCAGACGAUACCUACUGUUAUGUCUACUACUGGAGUCAUUCCGAAGAACCUCCUCGGAAUCAUAAAAAGGCUGGGUCUAAAUAAACAUCUUUACAAGACCAUGCAGAAAGCUGUACUACUCGCAACGGCCAGAUGUGUAUGAAAAUUUUUGGGAGAUACCCGUGCAUACCAAGUCACCUAGGGCUCGAUAACACGGAAAGAGUCCCACCAGAGCUCAAUCCUUUUGAUACCGUAGGUAUCUGGGAUGAGUCAAUUUUCCCCUUAGAGGAAGUAUGAGCCGUAUGGCUAAAUCCGGAUAAUAAUAAUACUCGUAGUAACAAACAUCCUAGAAACGCAACCUACAACUUUCAUUUACAUUCCCAAAUAAAUUCUCACAGCGAGACACA